GUAAAUUUUUAAAUUGGUUUUAGACUUAUUGUUUGAAUCGGGUAGAGACAUCUCUCCUAUAUGUUUCCUAUUCCUUGAUGGAUUGCUCAUGCAGCCAUUAGAUUCAUUGAAUCAAAUUGUUUGUGUUUGUAGCCAACUUUAUGAGAAGGAUCACGACAAAUGGAGAAGACUUGCAAAGAAGAGGAGUUGGGAACUUCAUCUGCAGGUGUCUUUGAGGUAUCAGGAGAACCUGCCGUUGUCAUCAAUGGGGUUCCAAAUGUGGGCUGUAGUGACAAUGCUUUCCUUCAGUUAGAUACCGCAAGCAAUGUAGAAUCAAAACAGAAUACUGGUUUUGGUGAAUGGUUGGAAGGGAGAGAAGUCCGGAAAAUGUUUGGUGAGAUAUUUUACUCUGGUACAGUAACUAAUUUUGACAGAGAAACCGGUUGGUAUAGAGUGGUAUAUGAAGAUGGUGACUUUGAAGACCUUGAGUGGCAUGAAUUGGAGGAAGUACUUCUGCCAUUGGAAAUUACAGUUCCAUUGAAAACAUUGGCAUUGAAGAUCUUAAAGAAGUGUGAGAAACCCUCUGAUAAGUCGGUGAAACAUGCAGCUAGAUCACGAAAAGCUCGAGGUAAGAAUGUGGAAUCUUAGAGGAAAGACCAUAGAGGUGCUCCGCUGUGCUUCAGUGGCAAUCCAAAAGCAAAAGAAUUCAAGGAGGCCUGGGGAACCAAAGCAGAACAACGAAAAUGAAUAUGGAUAAACUUUUUCUGAAAGUAAUGUUGUAUUUCUGUUAGGUAACAACAUAAUCUCAAAAAGCAGCAGCAAGAAAAAUGCAAUAGGGGGAAAGUUAGAAUUGUAUGUAUUUUCCAAAAAUAAUAUGUUUUCUCUGAUUCUA